AUGAAAUUCGCCAAAAGAGUAGAAAAAAGAAAAGUUCGGUCAAUAAAACUCCAAAUCGAACACCUUGAUAAAGCUUUUCACAGUUUGUGCACUGAAAAAAAAAAUUUACAAUUGAAUUUUGAAAAUUCGAUGAUCGGCCAAGAAGUUAAGUUGUUACGUAAAACUAUAGAAGAUCAAUAUUCGAUUAUUGGAACUUUUAGUGUCACCGAUAGUGUAAAUAAAAUGAAAGCGAUUUUGGAAAAGAACACGAAGAUUGAAAUUAUUGAGAGAAAACUAAACGAAAGAAAUAUGUUGAUUCUUGAAUCAAAGGAACUUGAUAAGGCUUUGAAAACAGUGAAACGAGAACAGGAAGAGUUCUCGAACCAAUUUACCCAAUUGGAAAAGGAACGACGUGUGUUGGCUCAUUUGAUAUCAUCUAAUGAUGAAGAGAAAAAUAACAAAAAUAUUAUUGAACAAUAA